UUUUCAGAGGCAUAUAACCUUGCGCAACACGCGGCAGACGCGGCUUGGCUGCGAUGUCAGUUCAUCAAACUUCGACUUCACAGACUUCACAGGCUUUCCCCACCAGCCAGACCUUUCGCAACACUACCUGGUCUACGCAACCCGUACCUCUGUUGGCCUACUUCUCUAUCGUCGGAAAUUCUGGCAUAGCUUCUGUUUGGAAGACGCUCCGCCUUCGUGCUUUCCCAGAAGAUUGACAACGGAGCCACCCAACCUUCCGAGUGGGAAAACACAGCGACAGAAUACAAUUAUGGCUUCGAAGGCAGCCCUCAAGCGUUUGACGAAGGAGUAUGCGGUGCUACAGAAGGAUCCAGUCCCUUACAUUGUGGCAAAGCCUUUGGAGAACAACAUUCUAGAGUGGCACUACGUUAUCCGCGGCCCUCCGGGCUCCCCCUACGCUGGCGGUGAAUAUCAUGGCAAAGUGCUUUUCCCCGCAGAUUACCCAUUCAGCCCGCCGGAUAUCAAGAUGCUCACGCCAAACGGACGGUUUCAAACGGAUUAUAAGCUUUGCCUUAGUAUGACUACCUACCACCGCAACACAUGGAAUCCGGCAUGGAGUGUAGCGACGAUCUUGACCGGGUUGCUGAGCUUCAUGGUGGAGGACGCAUCAACAACCGGAAGCAUCAAGACAACAUUGGAGGAGAAAAAGCUGCACGCAGUUAGGUCGCAUGCGAUAAAUCUACGCAAUCCCCGCUUCCGAGAGGUAUUCCCGGAACUAUGCACACCCGAACUCGCUCCCUUACCAAAUGCACCACCGACAACGACGCCCACAACACCAGCUGCUCCAUCGACCCCGGUCCCUUCCCCAUCAACCGGUGGUCUCCACCAGCGCAACACACCUGCUACAUCCCCAGCAUCCGCAACAUCAGCCACACCAAUCGCAACAACACCCAACACGAAAAAAAAAACGUCGGAAACCCAACAGCCGCGUGAGGGUGCUAUGGCAAGGAGAGCCGGUGCGGUUGGGGUGGUGGGGACGGUGUGGCAGAACGUGCGAAGCAAUGUGUGGCGGAUACUGCUUAUGGCGGUGUUGGUGUAUUUGGUGGUCUUGAAGAUUGUGGAUCGGAUAGCGGAGGGAGGCGCCGACAGUUCAUGAGAGUGGACGGCAGGAUUAGUGGUGUGGGCGGUUCCUUCUUGUAUAUUUUCUCAUGUUCGCAUCGCCCUAGGGUGUGUACAAUUCACAUUGAACUCUCUUUUCCAGAGUCAACGACAUUUUAGUUGCAUAGGUGCCAGCAUAGCUGACAACAAAAAGCGAGAGGCCGUUCAAAUACAGACGGCCCCGCCUGAACAUAACAUGCAAACCACUCCCAGAUUCGAUUCGCCCACCGCCAUGCGACAGCGCCAAAGAACUUCCGAACCAGGCGCCUAUCAAUACGAUGCG